GUGAACUCGUCUUUAAAAGCUGGUUUCGUCAGAUAAAACUGGAUAUUUUUGGUUAUUUUUCGCGUUCAUAGUAUAGUGGGGGCGGCUCACCUCCCCAUCAGUCUCAUUUUGCGUUUCUUAGAGUCCGUGUUGCGUGAACGAUUGAGGUUAAGAUGUCUAAACCAUAUUCGUUGGUGUGUUUUAUGGACGAAAUCUUAAAAAACGAACAAAAAAGUAUAGACAUAGUACCAUCGAAGUGGUUACAUUUCAACGAUGAAGAAGAUAUGGUUUGUCCUUUUUUGUCUAAAUUUUCGGAUUCUAAUGUUUGCCAUUUACAUAAAUUGGUAAAGGAAUUAAAAUCACCGAUUGAUACCUGGAAACUCUUUCGUGCUGAAAUUAAAGGCUAUGCAGAAACUUAUGAAGAAGCGCUAAAAAAAUUGGAAAUACUUAAAGAAGAAAGUGAUGUUUUUUCAACUGAAGAUGACCAACUAGCAAAAGAAGUUACUAAAAAAAAAAAUCGUUUAAAGGGUCAAAAAGGGUCAACGAGCAAAUCUUAUAAAUCUGUCUUACCUUCGAUUGAUUUAACCCAACCAAUGGACAUGGAAAAAACAAUUUCAAAAAUGGUAAAAAAUCCAAAGAAAGGUGCCUCAAUGUCGAAUGAGAUGGAUGAGCUCUCGUUACAUGACAUUGUCUAUAAUGAAAGUAAUUCAGAAAAAACAGAACUAAGUAAUUUGGAAGAAGUGAGAAGUGAGACUGUUACACUAAGCCCUGUAUCAACAAACUCAAGAGAGAAACAAGUUACACUUAGCACAAUUAAUGAAGAUAUUCAGGAUUUAAAAGAAUAUGUAACAAAUUCUUUUAAAAAACUAGCUUCACAAUUAUCCAUGCUUCAAAGUGAAGUGGUGGGUACAAAAAUUGGAUUGGAGAGAUUAAUUAAAAGACGAGAUGUAGCAGCUCCAGAACAUGAACAGUUUAAGUUACCAUUUACAUCACUAAAAGAGUUUCAAGAGUUUGAUCAAAAAAUAACGACUGAUGAAGCCACAAAGGAAAAAGUAGCUGAGAUUAUUUGGACAUUGUUGGAAAUCAACAAACCUCUUAACAAAACUUUGACCAAUAUAUUUGCUAAAUUCUGCAGCAGACAAGUCAUUGCAAACUACACUGCAAAGAAUCCAGUUCCUGGCAAGUUUGUAAUGAAGGAUACAGCGCUUUAUGCUUGUGCAUUUGCUAAAGUAAACGAAGAACUUAAAAAACAAAACAAACCUCCAGUUAAUGAAGUCUCUUUCUAUAAAAGCAUAGGAGCAGUUAUUAAUUGUUCAAGAGAUUGGGAUGGUCAAAGAGAGAAGAGGAAGAAACAAACUAUUGAUGCCAGUGCUAAAGACGCUGAUACAAAUGAGUAGCUAGUUUUUUUUCGUUUCUUUUUAGUAUUAGUAAAUUAUUAGUAUUAGUAUUAUUACGCCGCAAAAUCAACGCAUAUUAUUAAAAAAUAGUAAUCCAUCAAAAAAAGUUUUUAUUUAAAUCUGUUAAAAUGUUAAAAAAUUAUAAAGAAUCUUUAGACAAACAAAAUCAGUUUUAAUAAUUUUGCGGCGAAGUGAAUGAGUGUCAGAAUUCGUGAUACGUAAAACUCACUAAAAAUAAAUUAGUCUUAGAUUUGAACGUAAUUACAAUAAUUUGUGGUAUUUUAAUAGAAAUAACAAUUUUCGAAUCUCAAAUAAAAAAGUUUGUUUAUUAUUGACAAACAUUUGUUUAUAUUUUUUAUAUUUAUACAUAUAUUUUUUAUUUAAAAACAUAUUAGGG